UAGAACGGUCCUUUUUUAGGGAUGUGAUAGUCAUUUCGAACUUUCCCCGGCAUGGAUUUGGUGGAAUCGCCUUUCCCUUGCAGAGUUGGCAACGUCGUCUUCAAUUUGAUUGCUCUUUUUCCUCACCAUUCUCGUUUCUCCCUCCGACAUCCAUUUCCAUGGGAGUUCUGGUCUGAGCUUUCGUCUUCUUCUUCAACGAUUAAUUUCACUAGAAAUAGAUAGUGAGUGAGUGAGUGAGAAUGCCUCUGGUACGAGUUGAAGUACGGAAUGAAUACGGUUUAGGAAGUUCAGAGCUGUAUAGAGAAGCAGUAGAAGAAGAAGAACCUAAAGCUGUUCUUCAAGGAGUUUCAGUUGCUGGACUUGUUGGGAUCUUGAGACAGUUGGGAGACCUAGCUCAGUUUUCAUCAGAGGUAUUUCAUGAUUUACAAGAGCAAGUGAUAGCCACAGCUGCUAGAAGCCAGAGGAUUAUAAACCGGGUUCAGCGCAUUGAAGCUGCACUUCCUCCAGUUGAAAAGGCUGUUCUGGCCCAAACGAACCACAUACAUUUUGCUUAUUCUGCUGGUACUGAUUGGCAUACUAAUAUUCAAGCUACACAUAGUCACUUAAUCAACAGUGAUUUGCCGCAUUUCAUUCUGGAAUCCUAUGAAGAAUGUCGUAAUCCACCCCGCCUACAGUUGCUUGACAAAUUUGACAUUGCUGGUCCUGGAGCUUGUCUGAAACGAUAUUCAGACCCAUCCUUUUUUAAGAACGCGUUGUCUCCAUCUGAACCCGAAUACACCGAGAAAGCUAGAAGAGCCAAGAAAGCUAACAGAAGAAGGAGGAAAGGGUCAUGGCAUAUGAACGGAGAAAUCUCCCAGGCUUUAUUACUCUCUAAGAGAAGUGACAGAAAGCAAUUCGCUUCUCCUAGUUAUGGGCGAAGUUCUACUGCAGACACUAUUUCGACAUUUGAUAUGUCAAAAUCUGACCUCGGAGGCAGUACCUCAUCUUCUGAUUCAAGAUCAAGAUCAGGCUACAGAGAUUCCGUGUCUGAUGUUAAUGUUUCUGUCAGACGUGAAGAACGAGAGGACACUAGCUUGUUGACAUCUAGAUUAAAGAUCCAUAGUGGUGUUAUUCCUGAUUCUAAACUUCCUAACAAACAAACUGGUGUUCUGGAGAAUGAUCUACCGAACCGUUCAUCACAGGACAAAACUGUCCCAUCUUCAUGCUCCAUUACUUGGGAUGAAAAAAUAGAAAUUGUGAAGCCUAUAUGUCAGCAGUUUGAGAACAAUCUUGAAGAAUUGGGAGCAAUUUCAGAAUUUCAACGAGCAAACCCUGAUCGAGAUAAACCAGAGAGCAUAAGUGAUGAAAGUGCUUAUGGGGAGGAUAUUUUGACCAGUCCUAUAAAUAUUUAUCCAGAUGAUAGUUCAUAUUGUGAUUCCACUGUGCCUGAAUCACUGCUUCAUGUAAACCAGUCUGAUGCUGUCAGAACUGGGCUGGAAAACUGUGCAACUGCAUGUACUAUGGUGUCACAAUUUGAACCCGAGUCCGAGUACCAAGCAGAGAAGGAAGUAAACCCUACAUCAUCCGACUUAGAACAUCUAGAACGUGAAUGCAGAACAAGCACAACCAUUGAAAUGAAUGCGCAAAGUUCAAACUCAUCUGAUGUUCAACUUUUUGUGUUUGACUUGUCGUCAAAGAAGCAGACGUCCCCAAGUAGUUCCGAAGCAGUCUCCUCGGAUUUGGUCCAUGCGGAGUCACUUCCUACUGUCUGCAUCUAUCCAGAACCAGACAACUCAGUAGAGGCUGAGUCAUGUUUGAGUACCAAUUUACCUGAUCAUACUAGAGUAAAUAAUUUUGGAUCUGCCUCGCCAGGCUUUAAUGUUCCCAGCUCAGAGGCUUCGUCAGAUGAUAAGAUUAUUAACAGUGUUUGUGAUUCUCAAGUAUCUCCCUCAACAAAGGGUUUGGUCUGUGAAGAGUCACUUCCUGCAAUCUCCAUGUGUCCUAAACCAGACAUCUCUGUGGAGGUUGAGUCAUGUUCAAGCACCGAUAAACCUGACGUCUCAAGAGUAAAUAAUUUUGGAUCAGCUAGAAGUUAUUCGUCAUCGCCAGGCUUCAAUGUUCCCAGUUCAAAGGCUUCUGCAAAUGACAAGAUUAUUAACAGUGUUUGUGAAUCUCAAGUCUCUGCCUCAACGAAGGAUUUGGUCCAUGAAGAGUCGCUUCCUGCAAUCUCCAUAUGUCCUGAACUAGACACCUCUCCAGAGGUUGAGUCAUGUUCCAGCACCGAUAAACCUGACAUGUCAAGAGUAAAUAAUUUUGGAUCAGCUAGAAGUUAUUCGUCAUCGCGAGGCUUUAAUGUUGUCAGUUCAAAGGCUUCUUCAAAUGACAAGAUUAUUAACAGUGUUUGUGAAUCUCAAGUCUCUACCUCAACGAAGGAUUUGGUCCAUGAAGAGUCGCUUCCUGCAAUCUCCAUGUGUCCUGAACCAGACAUCUCUCCAGAGGUUGAGUCAUGUUCCAGCACCGAUAAACCUGAUGUCUCGAGAGUAAAUAAUUUCGGAUCAGCUAGAAGUUAUUCGUCAUCGCCAGGCUUUAAUGUUCCCAGUUCAAAGGCUUCUUCAAAUGACAAGAUUAUUAACAGUGUUUGUCAAUCUCAAGUCUCUGCCUCAACGAAGGAUUUGGUCCAUGAAGAGUCACUUCCUGCAAUCUCCAUGUGUCCCGAACCAGACAUCUCUCCAGAGGUUGAGUCAUGUUCCAGCACUGAUAAACCUGAUGUCUCGAGAGUAAAUAAUUUUGGAUCAGCUAGAAGUGAUUCGUCAUCGCCAGGUUUUAAUGUUCCUAGUUCAAAGGCUUCUUCGAAUGACAAGAUUAUUACCAGUGUUUGUCAAUCUCAAGUCUCUACCUCAACGAAGGAUUUGGUCCAUGAAGAGUCACUUCCUGCAAUCUCCAUGUGUCCUGAACCAGACAUCUCUCCAGAGGUUGAGUCAUGUUCCAGCACCGAUAAACCUGAUGUUCCAAAAGUAAACAAUUCUGGAUCAGCUAGAAGUGGUUCGUCAUCGCCAGGCUUUAAUGUUGUCAGUUCAAAGGCUUCGUCAGAUGAUAAGAUUAUUAACAGUGUUUGUGAAUCUCAAGUCUCUGCCUCAACGGAGGAUUUGGUCCAAGAGUCUCCUCCAACAGUUUCUGGUGGAAAGCCCACUUUAUUUUGGACAAAUGGAGAUCUAUUAGGACUGGAACCAGCAAAACCUAUCAACAAGAGUCCGAACGCUACAGAGAAACUCAAUGAUAUCAGCUCUGAUGAUCUUACGCUUGUCAAUGUACCAUCUCCUGGUGCCCAUAGAGGCAAUAAUGAGCAGUCAUCAAGUGCCCUUCUAGGUCUGAGCGACAGAAUUUCUGUAAAUAUAUUCCGAAGAAGUUAUACAUCUGCACCACUAAGCUCUUUGGCAAGUGGCCUUAUGAAGUUACAGGAAACACAAUUCAGUGAGCCGAAGAAAUUAAACAGAAAAGCAAUUCAAGCUUCUCCGUUACCAAGCCCCAAUAGACAGUUUGAACAUGGAUCUCCUGUGAACUCAGUAUCUUCUUCUUCACCGCCUCUAGAGCAUAUGACACUCUCAUUUCAACCUAUAGAUGGAUUUGAGACCUCCAGACUGAAACUAAGAUUUCCUGACGGGAGUGGCUUCCAUGACAACAGACAUGUCAUGCUACCGUCAUUCCAGUUGGUUCCGGGACCUUCUAACUCACAGCUAGAUAAUGAUUACGGAUCAGAUGAUGACACAUUCAGUAGAUUAUCUGAUUAUUUAUCUGAUGAUGUUAGGAGCCAACGCUCGUAUUCAAAUUCUGAGCAGUGGGAAACCAAUGAGACCCCUAGAGGGGAAGACCAUGACAUGUAUGAUGGUUUACGUAGAGUCUUAUCAGAAGAAUCCAUUAGCUCUUCAGGAGAAGGGGGUUCUAUUGCUGAAUCUUUAUCUGGUCUUCCAAAUUUUGAUUCUGUGAUUCCUAUACCAAGUCAGGAAGAAAGAAAAAGUAACGGAAGAGAUGUUGAUUCUGCUAUUGAUCUAAACUAUAUGCAGUCUUUGCAACCCACCACUUUGCAGCAAUAUAAUCCAGCUCCAUUCCCAUGUAACAAGGAGGCAACUACAAGUCCACCAAAGAGCGAGAAUCUUCAAAAGUUGAACGGGAUAGAAGAGACGAAGAAGACAAUAGCUAGUGAAGAUGACAAUGGAGAGGAAGAUCUGUUACAACAAAUUAGAACCAGGUCCAUAAACCUCAAACGUACAGUACCGACAAAGCCAAUCUUGAUGCCAAAUCCAACAGCCAACAGCAAAGUCACUGCAAUUUUAGAGAAGGCCAGUGCCAUCCUCCAGGUUGUGGGGAGCGACGAAGAAGGUGAGGACAGUGAAAGCUGGAGUGACCAAUGAAGUGCAUUACAUUUACUCAAACAAAGAUAGGUGAAAACAGAACCUGUCUUGAACAGUAUCAUGCAAUUGGUCAAGAGUUGUUAUUUAUGUGAAUAAAUUUUUUUAGUUUUAUCAAUUUUGUAGGGUUUUAAAUCUUGUAUAUGAUAAGGUCCCAUGUUUCUUUCGAUCUGUUGAAGUUAGUAGUGUUAACCCAUGAUGAAAGUAAUCAUGAGUAUAAUUUGUUAAUGUUUGCUGCUACCAGAAAUGGAAUCAUAAGGUUGUAGAAGCUCAAUUUCUUAAAUAAUGAUAAUUGUUGUUCAUUGCAAA